CAUCAUUCUCUUCUCCGACACCUCAACAGAAACAAUCAGUAUGAUCGCUAAGGUGGCCGUGGUGGUGUUGGUGAUGGUGGGAGUGGCUCUCGCUGCCCAGCGCGACUCCUACACCGCUCCUCAACAACAGUCCGGGUACAAGCAGGAUGGCAUGCCAUACAACUUCCAGUACGGCGUCAAGGACGACUACUCUGGUACUGACUUUGGUCACAACGAGGUCUCUGACGGAAACACUGUUCGGGGCUCCUACACCGUCCAGCUCCCCGACGGCCGUAAGCAGACGGUGACCUACGUGGCUGACCACUACAACGGCUACCAGGCUCAGGUUGACUACUACGGUGAAGCUCAGUACCCCCACAAGUACGGUCCCCCCGUCACCUUCAAGCCCCAGUCUUACGGACACCCCCAGCCCUCCUACCAGCCACAACCUUCAUACCAGCCCCAGCCAUCAUACCAGCCCCAGCCAUCAUACCAGCCUCAGCCAUCAUAUCCUCCCCAGCCUUCAUACAGCUAAGAGUGCACCUGCGACCAAAUGAACAA